AUGCGGAGAUCUUUCUCGCUCGUCGCCGGUGCGACAGCUUUGAUCCAGUCCUCGCUGGCCCAAUUUCCGCCGACGCCUGAAGGAGUCACCGUCCUGAAAUCGAAGUUCGACGAAAACAUCACGAUAUCUUACAAAGAACCCAAUCUCUGCGAGGAAACCGGGGGUGUCAAGUCAUACGCCGGCUACAUCCACCUCCCACCCGGGACUCUCGAGGGAGUGGGUCAAGAGCAAGACUACGAGAUCAACACAUUUUUCUGGUUCUUCGAGGCUAAAGAAGAUCCGGAGAAUGCGCCGCUUUCAAUCUGGAUGAACGGCGGACCCGGCAGCUCGUCAAUGCCAGGGCUCUUCAACGAGAACGGGCCGUGCUACAUAAACAAUGACUCCAACUCCACGCGACCUAGCGAGUGGUCAUGGAACAACCACGUAAACAUGCUCUACAUCGACCAACCCGUUCAAGUCGGCUUCUCUUACAACACCCUCCGCAAUGUGACCCGCAAUCUCUUCGGAGGCACCCAAACCCUGAACGCAUCUUCACCGAUACCAGCCCAAAACGUGACGUUCCAAACGGGCACUCUUCCAGUCGAUAACCGUAACACCACAUCCUGGGGCAGCCGCAACGCUGCCAUUGCACUUUGGCACUUCUCUCAGGUCUGGUUCCAGGAGUUUCCGGGCUACCACCCGAACAACGACCGCAUCAGCAUCGCCACCCAAUCGUAUGGCGGACGCUACGGACCUGCCUUUGCUGCAUACUUCCAGGAACAAAAUGAGAAGAUUCAGAAUGGGACGUGGGACGGGACCGAAGGGGAGCAGUACAUCCUCAACCUUGACACCUUGCUUAUUGUGAACGGCUGUAUCGAUCGCCAGGUUCAGUGGCCUUCCUAUCCUGAAAUGGCCUUCAAUAACACCUAUGGAAUCGAAACAGUCAACGAGACGGUAUAUACUGGCAUGGUGGACGCAUACUACCGGGAAGGUGGCUGCCGCGAUCGCAUCGACGCCUGUCGUGAAGUCUCUUCUCUUUACGACCCUGAGAAUGUGGGCACGAACGCUAGCGUGAACGCUAUCUGCCAAGACGCAGAAACAUUCUGCACAAACAAUGUCCGCGACCCGUAUCUAGAUGUCUCUGGUCGGGAUUAUUACGACGUGACCCAAAUCGACCCUACACUCUUCCCGGCACCCUUCACUGCGGGGUACCUCAACCAGCCGCACAUUCAAGCAGCCCUUGGAGUACCUCUGAACUGGACAGGUAGCUCCAGCGCUUCGUCAUCUGCGUUCAGAGGUAUCGGGGACUACCCGCGCCCAGGUUGGAUUGAGGACAUUGCAUACUUGCUACACAGCGGCAUCAAGGUGUCUUUGAUGUUUGGCGAUCGUGACUUUGCGUGCAACUGGAUCGGUGGAGAGCAAGUAGCUCUUGCAAUUCCCUGGGCCGACCAGGAGAACUUCGCCAAAGCAGGAUAUCAACCCCUCAUAACCAAUGAGGCAUACGAAGGCGGCCAAGUCCGUCAGUAUGGCAAUCUCUCAUUCAUCAGGGUCUACCAAGCCGGCCACGCGGUACCUGCUUACCAGCCCGAGUCCGCGUAUCAAAUCUUCAACCGUGCCUUGUUCAACCUUGAUGUCGCAACUGGCAAGGUCGACACCGCGGCGAACUCGACUUACAGCACUCAAGGCCCGUCGGACACCUUUGCGAUCAGGAAUGAGGUCCCGCCGCAGUAUGAGGACUUCUGCUACGUGCUGGACCCGAGCACAUGUACCGAGGAGCAGGUGACUGCUCUGCGGAAUGGUACGGGCGUCAUCAAGGACUACAUCAUGACUGAGCCAGCGUACGAUGCUGCUGCCGCUCGUUUUAUGAAGAGAGACAUACUCGGGGAGCCCACGGAGGGCCGAAUUUUGAUCGGAGACGUCGGUAUUCACACGUGUCUGAGCAUAGUCGGUCUUGGAGAGGGCCAGAGUGAUCGCGAGGCCACCGGGGCUUCGCCUACUCAAGUAGACAGCGAGCCUGAGAAGGGGCGUGACCAUGCCGGCUCCGCGCUCAAUCUCAACUCCGAGGUCAUUGAGAAUAGCGCAAACAUCUCCCACAGCCAGCAGUCUCUCAUUUCCAUUCCUUAUGCGCUCAUCAGACGUUCCAAGAUUAUCAUCUUGGACGAGGCGACCGCUUCCUUUGACGGACGAGCCGAUAAAGGUCUCCAGACCAUUUUGGCUGAGGUCAUGACUGACGCUACAGUUCUCACUGUUGCACGUCGGCUCGACACCGUUGUUGACUCGUGUGAUCGAUCCCUAGUCAUGGAGCGAGGCAUGCUCGCCGAGUUUGAUAGCAUACCUGCUUUAUGCGCAAAUUCGCAUAGUCUUUUCAGGGCAUUGUGCGACGCUGCCAAUGGUGGCUUGCUGAAAUCGUUGAUAAGAGAGGUUGGAACCGCUAUAUGA